AUGGGUGUUCCGAAAUUCUUUCGCUGGCUGAGUGAGCGGUAUCCGGCCAUCUCGAUGCUCAUCGCAGAGAACCGGAUACCUGAAUUCGAUAAUCUAUAUCUUGACAUGAACGGUAUUAUUCACAACUGUACGCACAAGGACAGCGAUUCACCAACGUUUCGCAUGACGGAGGAUCAAAUGUUCAUCGCUAUAUUCAACUAUAUCGAACACCUGUACGGCAAGAUCAAGCCAAAAAAGCUUUUCUUCAUGGCCGUUGAUGGUGUUGCGCCCCGCGCGAAGAUGAACCAACAGCGUGCGCGACGGUUUCGGACAGCUCUAGACGCCGAAGUAGCGAAGGAGAAGGCUAUCAGUCAGGGAAUGGAAAUGCCAAAGGAGGAUGCAUUCGACAGCAAUUGUAUCACUCCAGGAACGGAGUUCAUGGCGAAGUUGACAGAACAGUUGAAGUAUUUUGUCAACAAGAAGAUCUCGGAGGACAAGGAUUGGCAAGGAGUUGAUAUUGUUCUGUCUGGUCAUGAGGUACCGGGUGAAGGUGAACACAAGAUCAUGGAAUACAUCCGGCGUUCGAAAGCACAGCCCGGUUACGAUUCGAAUCUUCGCCAUUGUCUUUACGGUCUUGAUGCCGAUCUUAUCAUGCUGGGACUUCUCAGCCAUGAUCCCCAUUUCUGUCUUCUUCGUGAAGAGGUCACUUUUGGUCGACAGGUUCAGAAGAAGCCCAAAGAACUUGAGCAUCAAAAUUUCUAUUUAUUGCAUAUCUGCAUGGUUCGGGAGUACUUGGAGUUGGAGUUCCAAGAAUUGGAGCAGGAAGGCGUUUUGGGAUUCCAUUUUGACAUGGAGCGGGUUAUUGAUGACUUUAUCCUUAUGGCAUUCUUUGUCGGAAACGACUUUUUGCCUAAUUUGCCGAAUCUGCAUAUCAACGAGGGUGCCUUGGCUUUGAUGUUCAAGAUCUACAAGGAUAUCUUGCCAAAAAUGGGUGGUUACAUCAAUGAACAAGGUGUUAUCAACCGUGAACGAUUAGGGAUGCUUGUUAAUGCUCUGAGUGACGUGGAAUAUCGCUUCUUCGAGGCCGAGUACUCGGACGCGCAAUGGAUUCGCGCCAAGAAGAAUGAAGGUGUCCCGGAACCAAAUGGGAAGCCCAAGAGCCUCACAGUCACCCCGGCUCAGAAGAAACUUUUCAAAGACGUGAAAAAGUACGUUCUAAACCGACCUGAAAAGGCGGUGGAGCCGAAACCUUUGGACCUUCCUUCUACGCUUCCAGCUCGUGAUCGCAAGUUUCUUGAACAGCUCGCGGAAGAUCUUCGACUGCCAUGGACAACGGUCCCUGAUGAGCAUGGUGACCGGUUUCUCCGGCUUCAACUCCCUGCGAGCGAAAAUGAUGACGAUGACGAUGAGGAAGAUGAAGAAGCUUCCAUGGCCGUUCAUCGUAUCAUCCGGAAGUAUGAUAACGCCAAGGUGGAAGAGCUGUCACCCGAGGAGGCCCAGGAGGCGGCGGAGAAGAAGUACGAAAUGAAGUUUCAGGAGUGGAAAAACAACUACUACCAGAGCAAAUUUGGUUGGGGCUUGGAAAGCCAUGAGGAGAUGAGAGAAUUGACCGAGAACUACUUUCAAGGUCUUCAAUGGGUACUAUACUACUAUUACAGAGGCAUUGCAUCCUGGCCCUGGUUCUUCCGCUAUCAUUAUGCUCCAAUGAUUUCUGAUGUGAAACAUGGUUUGAACGCCGAUGUGAAUUUCAACCUUGGCCAGCCGUUCCGGCCAUUCGACCAGCUUAUGGGUGUUCUGCCUGACCGAAGCAAGAAAAUUGUCCCUCCUGCCUAUCGGGAUCUGAUGACCUCGCCUGAAUCGCCUAUCAUCGAUUUCUACCCUCGCGAUUUCGAAUUGGACAUGAACGGGAAGAAGAUGGAAUGGGAGGCUGUCGUCAAAAUCCCGUUCAUCGAGGAACGCCGCUUAUUGGAUGCCCUUGAUAAGAGAGAGAACCUUUUGACCCCUGAAGAAAAGACAAGGAACGAUUUUGGCGUCAGUCUCAAGUUCACCUACUCCCCCGAUGUACAAUUCAUAUAUCCGUCGUCCCUUCCUGGCGUCUUUCCCGAAAUCCCGCAUUGCCAUUGCAUCGAGAACGUCUUUGAUUUGCCUACCAUGGAUGGCCUGGAACCGUAUAUUGGGUUGGUUGAAGGCGUACAACUAGGUGCUGCAGCGUUAGCUGGAUUCCCCAGCCUGAAGACUCUGCCGCAUGUCGGUCAACUAGGUUUCCACGGAGUAACCGUGUUUCAGCAAGAGAGCCGUAACGAAAGCAUGGUCAUUACGCUUCUCGAGCCCGGCAGCAGGUCGACUAGUGAACUGGCCAAGUCUAAACUAGGGAAGCGCGUUUUUGUGGGGUAUCCUUUCCUCCAGGAAGCUUUCGUCGUCCGCGUUUCCGAUGAGUUAUUUGACUACACGCUUCCUGAAGGAUCGCCGUAUGUUGUUGCUACCCCACACUCCCCUCCAGAGAUUGAACGGUGGAGCAAAAAGGCCGAUAGGAUUGAAGGUGUCUAUAGCAAACGAUUGGGCACGAUCAUCGGCCCUGUGGAGGCAAUGGUCCAUGUCCAAAUGCUCAAGGGAUUGCUCAAGACAGACGAGGGCGCCACCAUGAAGGAAUUUGCCGACAUCCCUGGGCUGGAGACCGAUUAUGCCCUUCAGUUGAUCGUCGAUGAAGUAGUGAACCCCGACGAACGAUUCAUCGAACGGGAGGCCCUGCCGAUUGAGGAGGAAUUCCCCGAGGGAUCUCGAGCCUUCUUCCUCGGGGACUUCAACUACGGUAGACCCGUUCAUAUUACUGGCCAUGAUGACGGCAAGGUCAACGGUAUGAUUGCUUCUGUGAAAGGGCGAGACCCUGAAUUUGGAAAGGAACGUGCCCGGGAAGCGGAGAAGUUCUGUCCAUACAUGCCUUCCUAUGCCAUUGCGAAAAGCUUACAUUUGAAUCCCCUCGUGCUGGCGAAGAUCACAUCUUCAUUCAGCGUUGACAUUGAAGGCCAGCGCGUAAACCUGGGACUUAACUUGAAGUUCGAAGCGAAGAAGCAGAAGGUUCUUGGUUAUUCACGCCGUGGAGAUUCAGGCUGGGAGUUCAGUCCAAAAGCGGUCAACCUGUUGCAGCAGUAUAUGAUCAAUUUCCCGGAGUUUAUUGCGGGUAUUCAGGCAAACCCUCAGCGUGACCGGUAUCAGCCCACCGACUUCUACCCUGAGGAGGUUGCUCUCCAAAAAAUGAAGGAUAUCCGGGACUGGCUGAAGUCGAUCGAGGCUAAGAGUUUUGAGAGGGUCCCUCUCGAGGCUGAACAACUCGACUCGGAUGUGGUCAAGGUGAUCGAACAGGACGCGGACGCAUAUAAUCAGAACUUGCCGCCGAUGUUGCCUAAGAAGAUCCGCGGUGUCCCUCGAAGUGCACUUCUUCGCCCUUCGGAUGUUGAACAGCGACUUGGAAACCAGAGUUUCAAGCUUGGGGACCGUGUUGUCUACGCCCAGGACUCCGGUAAAGUGCCAAUCGCCACCAGAGGAACUGUUAUUGGCCUUACCCGCACGCCACGGGCGCUAUUGCUCGACGUCGUAUUCGAUGCUACAUUCAUGAGCGGCACAACAUUGGGAGAUAGAUGUUCACCCUUCCGAGGCCAGACUGUCUUAGCCUCUUCCGUGUUGAACGUGUCGUAUCGACAGCUGAUCGCCAGUACCCGAGCAGCCGCAAGCCAACAGGCACAGAGUCAUAUCUCGCCUCUGACGACUGCUGGCUAUGGAACACCUCUGGGACCAAAUGGGCAGGGCCAGCUGAGAAGCGCACCGGCUCCUCCUCCGUUGAAGAGCUCCUACCGUGGUGCUGUGGCUGGCAACGGACACGCACCAAGAGGCCGUGGCCGUGGCGGACCCCAGCAAACCAGCUUGCCUUUCCGUCCUCAUCCUAACAACGGUGUGCCCCCAACUGGUCCUCGCGGAAACGGCAGAGGCCGUGGAAGCUAUGGUCGAGGAGGGUACCACGCGCUGGACAAUCGCAACCCGGAUGAGGGAAUUUUCAAGAACAACCCGAACUUCCAGCCUAAGAACUAUUCCCAGGUCCCGCCGCCUGCCUCCGUGGAUGUACGUGGACGUGGUCGUGGCCGCGGGGGCUUCCGGGGAGCAUUCCGAGGCCGGGGUGCGCCACGUGGAAGAGGUGCCGCUGCAGCAGGUGACUCUUAA